AUGGCAUCUUGCAUGAGGAGCUUGUUUUCUGAACAUAGCAGAUACGUUGAAUCUUGCCGGAGGUUUCUAAACAAUUCCACGGAACACCAGUGCAUGCAGGGAUUCAUGGACAAGAAGCUGCCAGGCAUAAUAGCAAGGAUUGGAGAAACAAAAGCAGAAAUUAAGAUUCUGAACAUAGGUGGAGGUGCAGGUGAAAUUGACCUUCAGAUUCUCUCCAAAGUCCAGACUCAAUACCCAGGCAUCUGUAUCAGCAAUGAAGUUGUUGAGCCAAGUGCUGAGCAAAUUGUCAAGUACAAAGAGCGUGUAGCCAAGACAUCAAACACGGAGAAUGUAAAAUUGUCUUGGCACAAGGAGAUGUCAUCUGAAUAUCAAGAACAAAUACUGCAAGAAGAACCUCAAAAGUGGGACUUUAUUCAUAUGAUUCAGAUGUUGUAUUAUGUAGAGGAUAUCCCAGCUACCCUGAGAUUCUUCCAUGGUCUCUUAGGUGCCAAUGCUAAGAUUCUCAUUAUUCUUGUGUCAGCAACUAGUGGCUGGGACAAACUGUUGAAAAAGUAUGGCUCCCUCCUACCCAGGGAUGACAUCUGCCAGUAUGUCACUUCCUCUGAUCUCACUCAGAUACUGGAUGACCUGUGGAUUAAGUAUGAGUGUUAUGUCCUUGUGUCCACCAUGGACAUAAUAGACUGCUUUAUUAAUGGCAAUGAAAAUGGAGACCUGCUUUGGGAUUUUUUGAUAGAAACCUGCAACUUUAAUAAAACAGCACCACCAGAUCUUAGGGCAUUAAUUAUGAAAGAUCUUCAAGAACCUGAAUUUAGUGUUAAGAAAGAGGGAAAGGUACUUUUUAACAAUAAUCUGAGUUUUAUAGUAGUUGAAGCAUACUAUAAGUCACCAGUGUUCAGAAUUUAUAUCUUGAACAAUUGUUUAUUACAUACUGAUUUACAUAUCAAACACAUAUUUACAUACUAA